AUGAAGAUACAGGGCAUUCCCCUGUGCAUCCUGGGCAUGAUGCUCUUCCUGUGCUCAAUGCAUGCCAGAAGUCUCAGUAGAUGUCCCUCUUCCAUGGACAUGAACCCUGUAAAGCAGAGUUUCCAAGAAAUCAAAGAUGCUGUCCAAGUGAAUGACACCUUCAAAAAUGUCACUAUCCUGUCAAACCUGCACAGCGUUAAGGUAUUGUCUCCCUUAGACACGUGCUGCAUGACCAGGAAGCUCCUGGAAUUCUACGUGAAGAGAGUGUUCAAGUACCGUGAGGAGUUGAGCCUCCACAUCUCAAGAGGAGUCAGCAGCAUUUCCAAUUCUUUCCUGACCCUGCAAAGAACUGUGCAGCCUUGUAAGGAGAAGAGUCUGUGUCCCUGCAGUGAGGCAGCUACCAAUGCAACCAGAACCAUCAACAACAACUAUGACCAGUUGGAGGUCGGAUCCGCUGCCAUCAAGUCUCUGGGGGAAUUGGGUGUCUUUAUAGCAUGGAUUGACAAGAAUUACCAUCAAGAAACUUCCACAGCUUGA